CAACUCGUAAGCUGCGUGGUGUGUGGGGGGACAACACACAGCUUCUGUUCAGGGGCAGACUGCUACUUCCUUUUGCUGGACGUGCGCUUCGCACAGCUGUUUGGCUGUUAACCAGCUGCGAGUACUGGGUACGCAAACUCGAAGAUGGGACUUAAACCAAGAAAAUCGUCGUCAAAAAAUCCACCAAUCUUUAGUCAUGAAUUUUUCAUUCAAAAUCACGCAGAUAUUGUAUCUUGCGUUGCAAUGGUGUUCAUUAUUGGUCUUAUGAUACAGGUGACAUCACCGUUUGCAUAUAUGUUCAUUGCUGUUCAUCAUAAUGUAACGCAGGAGACAGAAACCCCACCUGGUGAAAUACCUGUGGUGCAUUAUACAUAUGGCUUGAAAGAUUUGUGUGCUGUUUUCUUUUACUUCCUUAUCUGCAUUGUAAUGCAUGCUAUUAUUCAAGAAUAUGUACUGGACAAAAUAAGCCGCAAAUUACACCUGUCUAAAGUGAAACACAGGGAAUUCAAUGAGUCAGGGCAAUUGAUAAUAUUCUAUCUUCUCUCAGUGCUGUGGGGUGGAGAUGUGAUAUUCAGGGAGGAGUAUUUCAUGAAUAUAUCCUUGCUGUGGGAUGGAUACCCACACAACACAAUGAUAUUCAUGUUCAAGUUUUUUUACAUUAUACAACUUUCCUACUGGCUCCACUGUUUUCCAGAGCUAUACCUGCAAAAAACAAAAAGAGAAGAUAUGCCAGCCCGUAUUAGACUGGCAAGCAUUUCUCUUGUUUACAUUCUUGCAGCAUACUUACUAAACUUCUCUCGUGUUGGAAUUUGUCUGUUAGUUCUACAUUACAGUUCUGAGGGCAUGUCACAUGCUGCCAAACUCUUGCAUUUCAUUGACAAAAGUGAAAAUGACAACACAGUUGGUUUCAUGGUUGCAAAUGUGAUGUUUGUUAUUGUGAGACUGGGUUCCAUAAUUUUAUCGGUCCUGACCUUUUGGUAUGGCCUGGCACUCAGUGACAAUCAAGGACUCGAUAUUGCGACAGGAAAUUUCAACAUACCAGUGAUUAGGAUAGCAGCAUUGGUAGCAGUUUGCACGCUACAGGCCUGGUUGAUGUGGAACUUCAUCACACAGCAGCUGAAGAAGCUGCGAGAACAGGCUGCACUGCAGGCCCCUGCACGAAAACCCAAGCAGGACAAGCGAGCUGCCAGCAAGAAGAAGAAGGAGGAGCACAAACGCAAAGAGGAAGAUGAUGAACUGCCAGAGGUGGAUCAAAAUACUAAGAAGUCACUACGAUCCAGAGCUACUGCAGUGAAGUCCAAAUGAUACAGACACCGUGGUAGAGAUAAAUCAUGAACAUCACAUUCCAUCUUGUUGAUAGCAGAAGUUUGCACACAUUUCCAUACCAUCAUAUGUCUUCAUUUGGUUGUCAGUGAGAGUUUGCACAGUUUAUGAAAGUUAACAGGUUAAAAAAAAAAAAAAAGAGCUCAGUUAUUUCCAUGGAAUCAAGCAAAGGCAGUCCUUCAUUGUUACAGAUGCUGUAUGUCUUUCACUCCUUUUCAUUCAGAAUGAAGUCACUGCCUUUUCACUUUUUUCUGCUGUAAUCAGUUUACUUUUCUGUCAGUGGCUAUGUAUAUUUGCUGGAGGAGCAUAAGAGACCUGGUUGAUUGUGAUCAUCAUUAAACUUGUUCAUUAGCAGUGAAAACUGAAUUGAAUAUGAAUUCAGUAAGUGCAAGAUAUAUCUUUAAUGAACACAUGGAACAUAACUCUAAACAUGUGUGUGAAAAUUGUUUUGUGUGGAAUUCAAGGAGCUUGCUUUUAUCUGGUUCACUAUAUAGGUUUUUGGACAAAAUUGUAUUUGUGGUUGCUACAUUUUCAGAUAGAUUUAUCUCAAAAGAUAAAAAAAAUUAAAAACAUAUUAAUGAAAUUUUGAUGUUAAUGCUUCAUGCUCAGAUCUCUGGAUUCUGCGCCUUACUAGCUACAUUGGCAACUAUUGAAAGUAGCAGUAAUGCUUUUGUUAUCAAAUGUAAUGAAAUGCUGAGGCAUAGCUGGGUGUAGUUCCUUUUGCUCUCUCCCCGCAAUAUCAUGUUUAAAUGUUUUUAUGAGCUAUUAUAUAGUUCAUAUACUGCAACUGUGGACUGUGACAUUAUAGUAGAUUUUUCAUUGGAAAUGAAUUGAAGCAAAUGUAGAACACUAGCAGGGUUAGUGUUCGAGCUAAAGUAAUGUAAUAUCAUUGUGUUUUUAUGAAUUGCAUGUAUGUUAGAUUCCUGAUAUUGAUAGCCUUUUUAAUGCUUUUAAAUAAAAUUUUUCAUGAAUGGUUUCUAUUUAACGUUUUCUUCAUUGGUGUGAAUGGAAUUGCGAGAUACAUAUCUGAAAAUUGUCUUUAUAUGGCAAUGGUGCAAUAAUGUUUCAUGUUGUGAACAUGUCUUAAAAAUUCUGUUAUAUUGAUUGUAGUUUCAUUGUAUCUAUACAGAUUCAGGCUCUCAUGACAAGCUGAAUAAAGAUGCUACUGUGUGAAUAAA